AUGCCGGCCUCAUGUCUGGGACCCAUCUCCCCGUGGCGGUCUCCUCCCUGGGACCCACCUCCCCAUGACCAUCUCCUGCCUGGGGCCCACCUCCCCAUGACCAUCUCCUGCCUGGGGCCCACCUCCCCACGACCAUCUCCUGCCUGGGAAUCACCUCCCCAAGACCAUCUCCUGCCUGGGACUCACCUCCCCGCAACGGCCUCCUGCCUGGGACUCACCUCCCCGCGACGGCCUCCUGCCUGGGACUCACCUCCCCGCAACGGCCUCCUGCCUGGGACUCACCUCCCCGCGACGGCCUCCUGCCUGGGACUCACCUCCCCGCGACGGCCUCCUGCCUGGGACUCACCUCCCCGCGACGGCCUCCUGCCUGGGACUCACCUCCCCGCGACGGCCUCCUGCCUGGGACUCACCUCCCCGCGACGGCCUCCUGCCUGGGACUCACCUCCCCGCGACGGCCUCCUGCCUGGGACUCACCUCCCCGCAACGGCCUCCUGCCUGGGACUCACCUCCCCGCGACAGCCUCCUGCCUGGGACUCACCUCCCCGCGACAGCCUCCUGCCUGGGACUCACUUCCCCACAACGGCCUCCUGCCUGGGACUCACCUCCCCGCAAUGGCCUCCUGCCUGGGACUCACCUCCCCGCAACGGCCUCCUGCCUGGGACUCACCUCCCCGCGACGGCCUCCUGCCUGGGACUCACCUCCCCGCGACGGCCUCCUGCCUGGGACUCACCUCCCCGCGACGGCCUCCUGCCUGGGACUCACCUCCCCGCGACGGCCUCCUGCCUGGGACUCACCUCCCCGCGACGGCCUCCUGCCUGGGACUCACCUCCCCGCGACGGCCUCCUGCCUGGGACUCACCUCCCCGCAACGGCCUCCUGCCUGGGACUCACCUCCCCGCGACAGCCUCCUGCCUGGGACUCACCUCCCCGCGACAGCCUCCUGCCUGGGACUCACUUCCCCACAACGGCCUCCUGCCUGGGACUCACCUCCCCGCAAUGGCCUCCUGCCUGGGACUCACCUCCCCGCAACGGCCUCCUGCCUGGGACUCACCUCCCCGCGACGGCCUCCUGCCUGGGACUCACCUCCCCGCGACGGCCUCCUGCCUGGGACUCACCUCCCCGCAAUGGCCUCCUGCCUGGGACUCACCUCCCCGCGACGGCCUCCUGCCUGGGACUCACCUCCCCGCAACGGCCUCCUGCCUGGGACUCACCUCCCCGCAACGGCCUCCUGCCUGGGACUCACCUCCCCGCAAUGGCCUCCUGCCUGGGACUCACCUCCCCGCGACAGCCUCCUGCCUGGGACUCACCUCCCCGCGACAGCCUCCUGCCUGGGACUCACUUCCCCACAACGGCCUCCUGCCUGGGACUCACCUCCCCGCAAUGGCCUCCUGCCUGGGACUCACCUCCCCGCAACGGCCUCCUGUCUGGGACUCACCUCCCCGCGACGGCCUCCUGUCUGGGACUCACCUCCCCAUGA